CGAGUGGCCAAGCUGGAAGCCAUGAGAUACGAGUUCCUACAAAAAUAUGACGUAGCUGAACAGAAAUACCACAAGAUUCUGGAAGAGGACGAAGCAAAUUCUGCAGUACACAAGAGGCUGAUCGCCAUCCACAAAGCACAAGGGAAGAUUCCAGAAGCUAUCAAAGAGCUCAACAAGUACCUAGAGAGAUUCAUGAGUGACCACGAGGCCUGGCUGGAGUUAGCAAACCUCUACAUCGCGGAGAUGGAAUACGGUAAAGCAGCUUUCUGCCUGGAAGAGUUGAUCAUGGCCAACCCACAGUGUCACCUGUACCACCAGAGAUAUGCAGAGGUGCGGUACACCCAGGGAGGGACAGAAAACAUGGAACUGGCCAGGAAAUACUUCGCUCAGGCAGCAAAACUCAACCCCACCAGCAUACGGGCUCUGUUUGGGCUCUUCUUGGCGGCGAGCCACCUGGCAGCACAACAGAAGGGAGGCGGGACCAAGAGUAGCAAGACUGAGAACAAGAAAUACGCAGCCUGGGCCGCCAAACAGAUCCAGGAACGAUAUGAGGCACUGGGACAGAGAGAAGACAGUCAAAUCAAGGCCUUGACAGCGACUCUGGAUAGUUUAGAGCUGAGCUAAGGUUCUCAAUCCACAUGGAGCACAAGAUAAAGUGAGGGUUGUAGCUACCAGCUAUUUAGUGUAUCGGGCCAUUGCAUUAUCAUUUGCAACCACUCUAAAUUGAGCAUCAUUACGCUAAGUGCAAUGGUACUAUCUCAGAUGACAUGUCAUUUGAAAAUGUUGAUCUGACUCUCCAAACUGACAAAAAAAGUCCUUCCAAUUAAAAGGAAUGAUGGUAACACUGAGUGUAGCAUUGAAUGUUUUAUAUGUGCAUGUAACAUUCUGCAUACAGCAAUUUACAAAAGCUGUACAUAAAGCGAAAGUUACCAUGAUUGUGUUAACUCUUAUAUGUAAGAUGAAACUGCAUAAACGUUUCAUUGAUGAUAUAACUUUAUUUCUGUAUAAAAGUGGAGGUUUAUAAGAAAAAUAUAACAUGAUUAGGACAUUAAUCAUAGUUUGGAACAGUCUACAUGUACUUGUAACAUGUGUCUUGUUUGCCUGUCGGCAUAGAUGAUUACAUUGUAACGUGUAAUGUAGGGAUGAAAACACAGAC